AAUCUCGCGUGGGAAAUUACACGUUGUUGAAUAACUCUCACUUAACCUAAAAAUAUUAGCGAGCAAGUUAUGUAUGUCGUCCUAUUAGAAAUUCGAUUUGUAUCAACCAAUCGCCGGUAGGGAAAAGAUUUUGGAUUCAAAAAGAUCAAGUACAAUAUAUAUGUAUUUCUAUAAAACGUAUAGUCAGCGAUAUGCACCAUUGAGACACAUAACCUCAAUUUAAAGGUUACUUUGGAUUACUUCUACAUGUAAAGAGGUUUCUAGCAGAAUUCACGUUUCGCUACAAUCUGGUGAGAAUUCGUAAGAUUGAUAGUAAUACUGGACAUUUACUUGAUAUAGCUUCAAGUCGUAAUUUAGCACGAUGAUUCGAGUUUUUAGUCGAUUACCAAGAAACGCGCGUUCCGGUGGAUUCUUCAAAUUUUUCACGUGGCGGGAAACGUGCCUAUUCGAUUUCACUUUCAAAACGAUGUCGAGCAAGUCAGCCGUCAGGAUCGGUACGCACGACGGGACUUUUCAUUGCGAUGAAGUCCUCGCCUGCGCGCUCCUGAAACUACUGCCGCAGUAUAAGGAUGCUUCUAUAGUGAGAUCUCGAAGUCAGAGUGUCUUGGAUACUUGUGAUAUCGUGGUGGACGUUGGUGGAGAGUAUGAUCCAUCCAGACAUCGAUAUGACCAUCACAUGAGAGAAUUCCAAGAAUCGGUGAGUACCGUUAUGAAAAAACCAGGAUACGAUUGGACAAUAAGAUUAAGCAGUGCCGGACUGAUCUACUGCCAUUUCGGUCAUGAGAUAUUAAGGAAUAUACUUUCAAAUAUAACAGAGGAUAGAAUCAUCGAUGAGAUUUUCAAGAAGAUCUACGACACCCUAAUCAAGGAAAUUGACGGUAUAGAUAACGGCAUACCCAUGUAUGAUGCUGAGCCAUUAUAUCGAAUAGUUACCGACUUAAGCGCGCGCGUAAGCAGAUUGAAUCCUCAGUGGAAUAGUCAGGAUGUGGAUAUCGAGAAACAAUUUGAGAAAGCUAUGGCUUUGGUUCUGGAGGAAUUUUUAGAAUUUGUACAAUACUCGAAAAACAUAUGGUUACCGGCAAGAGAUCUCGUGCGGCGUGCUGUGGAAAAUCGAUUUGAAGUCGAUCCGAGCGGAGAGAUAAUAGUGUUGUCGCAAGCAAUACCGUGGAAGGAACAUUUGUUUCAACUGGAGAAGGAUAUGAACGUGUCGCCGUCAAUAAAGUACGCCAUUUUUGAGGCUGAUAACGCUUAUCGGGUUCAAUGUAUGCCGGUAGCACUGGGAAGUUUCGUAUGCAGGAUGUUUUUGCCAGUAGCGUGGGGCGGUUUGCGCGCUGAUGCCCUUGUGGAAGCCUGUGGAAUUGAAGGCGCCAUAUUCGUGCACUCUGUUCGGUUCAUCGGCGGUCAUAAAACCAAGGAUGGCGCGGUAGCCAUGGCGCGAAAAGCGCUCGAAAUCGGGAAGGCCGAGUAAUAUGCAGAAUGACAGUGUCUGGACCAUUUAUCUUUUUUAGAAUUUUUAUGAUGUGAUUAUUGAAUAUUUUUUUAGAAAACAAUUUAAAUUAAUUACUCUUCAGCUGAUAAUGUGGGACUUUGAAGAAACAGUCGAUUUUUAUUAUGAAUUUUGAUAAAUAAAUAUCAAUCUAUAUAGCGUUUUUUAUUGAGGAAACUAGUGCAGCACUGAGUGUAAUUGUACUGUUCCAUUGUGAAAAUCAGUUUACAUAUUUUCAGUGUAAUUUUAGACAAAACUGGUGCAAAAAAAGCACCAUUACACUAAAUUCAGUUUUCUUUCUUCUUAAAGAUAAUGGAAAUCAGUU